GGGAGCAUUUUUUAUAAACAGGAGCUGCGUGCCAGUAUAUCCAAGUUGAAAUUUCCGACGAAGGAGGAUGGAAAAGUGGCUUUCUUGAAAGGGCUGAUGAAGUGGCCAACGUAUGGAUCUGUUUUCUUCGAAGUGAAGCAAAGAAGUACCAAAUCAAUGCCAAAAAACCUUCUUGUUGCCGUAAGUCACAACGGAGUAGGAUUGAUUGAUGGUGGUACUAAGGAGGUGAUCGACAUGUUUAGUUUUGACAAAGUUCCCAACUGGGCUUUUGAUGAAUACUCUUUCACGUUGGUGAUAGGUGAAGGUUCCAGCCUUUCCAAGUUGUAUAUGGAAACUUCCGUGGGUCACAAUAUGGACGACCUGAUAAUGACGUAUGUUGGAUACAUUAUGAACACACAAAUAAAGAAGAAGCCUUCGUAUGCAGGGAUAGUUGUCGGAGAGUCAUUUGCAUGAGGGACUGAUGCUUCCGAGUGUUGGAAUGCCAUGCAUUUAUGACGAGGGUGCUGUUGCAACUGCCUUGCUGCAUUAAAAAAGGGAAUUGUGGUUAGAUAAAAUUGACAGUGUAUGGUUAAAUGAAAGAAUGAAGAGAGAUAGUAUAAUAGAUUUUAAAUUUCAUGCGUGUCAUA